UGAGAGGGAGCGAUAGUUUGUUGUGUAAGAUGAGUGAUUUGGUGUAUAGAAUCAGCGUAGCUAAGGAGUGGGAGGAACUGCAGAACAAUGGAUUCACUUUCGGUGGUGAACUUGACAAGUCCUCUGGUUUCAUCCAUCUUAGCAAACUUGAUCAGGUUCGGUCAACGCUGGAUAAUUUUUUCUUGAAUAGUAAAGAAGAACUAUACCUGCUUCAAAUUGAUGCUAAAAAGCUUGGCGAUGGUUUGGUGUAUGAAAUUGUGGAUGGUUCAAAUAGCUUCCCUCAUUUUUAUGGCCCAUCUAGAAGCUUUAUCCCUCUCCCCCUAGACACGGUAACAAAAGCAGAGAAGCUGGCUCGCUCAAAUGGCCGGUUCAGUUGUAGUUUGCUUGAUUAAGUAUUCUGCUGAUCAGAUGUCUGUCAAUAUCUUGUUAUGUCAUACUUCUUUGUAAUACGCGCGUGUGUGGAAUGUGAAUGUUUGUUGCCUACUAUCAGCCAACUAUCUCUGUAAGGGACAAACCUUGAUCAUCCUUUUUUAAUGAAGCAGAUGGAAUGAUGAGUUGCUGACAUGCUACUGUUGAAAUUCCUAGUGGCUUGACAACCAAUGAUUUUAUUGUACUAUUUUAUGUAUAUCUCGAAUUCUCAAUCAACAUGUAACUCUUGUUUAUACC